AUGAACCCUGUGAGUCUGCAGCUAGUCCACAACUUACUUGUGAUUCUUCUGUUUACAUUUUCAUCUGGGCCACAAACAAUUACAGACCAAGGGUUCUCAAUCAAGGAAGCCACCAUAGAUAAUCUCCAACUUGCUUUCAAGCACAACCAGCUCACCUCAAGGCAACUUGUCCAAUUUUACCUUGUAGAAAUCACCAGACUCAACCCUUUCCUCAAGGGGGUCAUAGAAAUGAACCCGGAUGCACUUGACCUUGUCGAAAAGGCUGACUACGAGCGCAAGACCAAGCCACCAUUUGUGCCACUCUCUAAGUUACAUGCUAUUCCCAUUCUGGUCAAGGACAACACUGCAACCAAGGGCAAGUUGAACACCAUAACUGGCUCUUAUGCUCUGCUUGGCUCUGUUGUGCCCCGGGAUGCCCGCGUGGUGACCAAGUUGAGGGAGGCUGGGGCCAUCAUACUGGGAAAGGCCAGCUUGAGUGAGUGGUCCAAUUGGAGGUCCAAUAGUGCACCUUCUGGUGGGAGUGGCACUGGGGACUGA